AUGCUGCUCUGCUCAUCCGGCGUUGUCCUUUGCCUCUGCUGGUCUGAUUCGGCUGUCCUUCUUCUCCUGCUGGUCUGGUCUGGUCCGAUUACGUUUCUGCUAAAGUUGAUAAUCUUAGCUGAAAUAUUGAACCUUGAUUCUGCUGAUAUUAUGGUUGAAAAUAUUGUUAUUUGGAGAGUUGAUAUGCGUACUCCUGAGUUUAGGAAGUGCCUCGAUGAAUUAUUUUUGGAUAUUGCCUUCUCUCAACCCGGUGUAAAAAAUCAAAUACAUUGUCCUUGUCCCAAAUGCAAUAAUUUUAUGUUCAAAUUUAGAAAUGAAGUUCAUCAUCAUGUGCGCCAAUGGGUGAUAGUGACCUCUUAUAAAACAUGGGUGCAUCAUGGUGAGAUACUUCAAGAUACAUCCACUAUAGAUGUGUCUGAUCUAAAUGAAAUUGAUUGUGAAAGGGAGAAUGAUUCUGCUACUUAUGAGAUGUUGUAUAACAUCUUUAGAAGAGAAACACUAGGGGAGACGCCGAGAUAUUUUGCUACCAACGUAGAUGAAAAUAUAGAAGAAGAACAUCAUCAGGGGGCAAAGCGGUUCCAGAGGCCAAUGAGGGAUUAUGAGCAAAGCCUGUAUCCGGACAGUGGGAUAUCAAGGUUAUCUUUCAUUAUCAAGUUGUUUCAAAUAAAAUGUCGCUAUGGAUGGAGCAACAAUUCAGUUGAUGCUUUGUUGCUCUUUCUAAAAAGCAUAUUUCCAAAAGAAAAUUCUUGUCCAACUUCAUUUUAUGAUGCUCGAAAAGUGAUUCGAGAUUUGGGAUUAGAUUACGAGAAGAUAGAUGCUUGUGUGAAUGAUUGCAUUUUGUUUCGGGGGCAAGCAUACGCUGGUCUUGAUGAAUGUCCAAAGUGUAAGCAAUCUAGAUGGGUGAAGAGGAAGGGGAAUGAAAAGAAUAACCUACGGAAGAAGGUACCCCAGAAGAUACUAAGAUACUUUCUGUUAAAACCUAGGCUUCAAAGGAUUUUCAUGUGUGAAGAAACAGCGCUAGCAAUAAGGUGGCACAAAGAGAAACGACUUGAUGAUGGAGUCCUAAAACACCCAGCAGAUUUGAUGGCGUAG